AUGGCAGAAGUGGGGGAAAAAAUUGAAAAGGAAAGCUCAAGGGAUCAGCACACAAUCAGUCACCCCACAAUUAUUUGGAAGCAAAUGCGUGUAGAACAAAUCACUCAAGAUUCUUCGGUGGAGAGGUGGAAAGAAGGAAAGAAGCAGGGAGAGACAGGAACAGACUGGAAUAGCUGUAAAAAGGGCCCAUCUUGUGAGGAGUUAGAACUCAUAAGUGCGACAGAAGUGGAAUUAAAUGGAGAAAAGUAUGCAGUAAUGAGCACUGAAGGUACACAAAUUGGAGACAAGAUGCAAGUUGAGUAG